AUGAACGGCGGCGGCGGCGGAGGAGGAGGAGGAGGGGAGGUGGGCUUCGUGGGGGGCGGCGGGGAGGAGGAGGAGAUGGACGAGGACGGCGCGCGGGAGGCGGGGAAGGAGCAGGUCGUGCUGAUGUGGGGCUACCUCCCCGGCGUCUCGCCGCAGCGCUCGCCGCUGCUGGGCCCCGUGCCCGUCAGGCUGCCCCUGGCGGCGGCCGGCGACGCGUGGAGGGAUGUCUGCGGCGGCGGGUGCGGCUUCGCCAUGGCCAUCUCCGGUGACGCCGCCCUCCCUUCUCAAUUUUUGCUCCGUUUGUGUUCUGGUACUCCCGGUGCGUUGGUUGUGCUCGUCUUUCCAUUUGGCGGCGCAGAUCUGCUCGAGUCUGGAAAACUCCUCACCUGGGGCUCUACUGACGAUAUGGGUCAAAGUUAUGUGACGGCUGGGAAGCACGAGGAGACUCCAGAGGCUUUUCCUCUUCCUAGUGAUGUUGCGAUAGCGAGGGCUGAUGCUGGGUGGGCUCAUUGUGUUGCAAUAACCGAUGAAGGGGUUGUCUAUACAUGGGGUUGGAAAGAAUGUGUUCCAACUGGAAGGGUCAUUGCAGAUCAAGCUUCAGUUGGAACUUUGGAGAAGGAUGAAAGACAGAGCGCAAUUGCCAACAACCAAGAUAUAUCACAUAACAAAGGCAACUCCAUUGCAGUGAGCCCCAGGUCACAGGCGUCUAGGACAAGCAGUGGAGCAGCAUCUGGUCCUUCUGAAAGUAGAGGUACCGAGGAUAGCACCAAGAGGCGACGGUUGUCUUCAGCUAAACAAGGAAAUGACAGUUCGACAUCUGGUGAUGAAAACCUUUCUGCACCACCUUGUGUUGUGACAUUUAAUACUGGGGUGAAAAUAACGGCAGUAGCUGCUGGUGGUCGCCAUACAUUAGCAUUAUCAGAUUUUGGUCAGGUAUGGGGUUGGGGAUAUGGAGGAGAAGGGCAACUGGGUCUGGGGUCCAGAAUUCGUACAGUUUCCUCCCCUCACCCUAUACCUUGCAUUGAAUCAACAUCGUAUGGCAAGGAUCGGCUAUCAGCUAUGAAAGGCAACAAAAACGCUGAAGGGCAAAUUAAUAAAGCAACAGGAAAUCGUGUCACGGCCAUUGCGUGUGGAGGCCGCCAUAGUGUUGUGGUAACGGAUUCAGGAGCACUUCUUGCAUUUGGGUGGGGACUGUACGGGCAGUGUGGACAGGGGAAUACAGAUGAUGUGUUGAGCCCAACAUGUGUAUCAGCUAUUCUGGGAGUCAAGAUGCAAGAUGUUGCCGCAGGGUUAUGGCAUACAGUAUCCAUAUCUGCAGAUGGUGAUGUCUAUUCGUUUGGAGGCAACCAGUUCGGGCAGCUGGGGAUUGGUUCUGAUCAAGCUGAGACUAUACCAAAACUGGUAGAUGCCCCCAGCUUGGAAAAUAAGAAUGCAAGAUCAGUGUCUUGUGGAGCUCGUCAUAGUGCAAUAAUAACAGGUAUGGAGGUAACAUUGUUGAAAUUUCCUGCAGAUGAGGGCGAAGUCUUCUGCUGGGGAUGGAACAAGUACGGCCAGAGCAUCAACAACUCCAAGGUUGACAAGGGCACCCUGCUUGAUCGCCACGGCCUGCUCGUCAUCGAGCCUGAAGAUUUCUCGGAGCGCGACAAUGUCCUGCAGCUCCAGCUACUCCUUCAACUGGUUGGCAAGAGCAUCCAAGGCAGCCUCAGUGACGUCCUUGCCAUUUUUUAUGACGCCCAGGCCACGGCAAACCAAAUGUGCAUUAAUCUUGAAUGGUUAUUGUUCCUUGAGGUUGCUGGCUCUUACUCAGCUUUGACAUAUGUCCAUGUAAAAAUGAUCAUUUAG